AUGGCUCCCAAGAGGAAGGCGGCGGCCAAAGCCCAGAGCACCAGGAAAGGCAAGAAGACAAAAGUCAAAGAAGAAAUUAAGGAGGAGGAGAUUCAGGCCCCGCCCCCUGACCGCUUCCAGAGCGCCGUACAGGCGCUAAAAGCCGCUUCUGGGAAGAAAGGGAAGGCCAAGAUAGACUCGGCUUGUUCGCUGAGCAGAUGUUCCGGAUACGAGGUGUUCGAGGACUAUGACUGCAUGCUGAACCAAACUAACAUCGGGCACAACAACAAUAAAUACUACAUCAUCCAACUUCUCCACUGCCCUGACAAUAAGCCACCCCAGUACGUCACCUGGAAUCGCUGGGGCCGUGUGGGGGAGGCCGGCCAGAACAAGGCAAACCAUUUCUCGGCUGCAGAACCUGCUAAGAAGGAUUUCGAGAAGAAGUUUAAGGAUAAGACGAAGAACAACUGGUCGGAUCGCGAGAAUUUCACGGCCCAUGCCGGAAAAUACACCAUGAUCGAGGUGGAGCACGACGAGGAGGAGGAGGGGGGGCAACGGAGAGGCCAUGGUCAAGGUGGACACAGUGGACGGCAUGACAAAGAAGGUGAAGCCAUGUUCCCUGGACAAACCCACCCAGGACCUAAUGACACUCAUCUUCAGCAGCGACAUGUUCAAGGAGGCCAUGCAGACCAUGAAUCUGGACAUAAAGAAGAUGCCGCUGGGGAAGCUGAGCAAGGGGCAGAUAGCGAAGGGGUUCGACGCUCUGGAGAACCUGCAGGCCGCGUUGGACAGAAAAGCCAAAAAGCAGGAGCUGAGUGACCUGACCUCUCGCUUCUACACCAUCAUUCCGCACAACUUCGGGCGCCAGAUACCCCCAAUUAUCGACAGCCUGGAUGUCCUGCAAGCCAAGAAGGACAUGUUGCUGGUCCUGGCAGACAUCGAGUUGGCUCAGACUCUGCAGGCGGACAAGGUGAAGCAGGAGCAGGAAUCCCAACUGGAAGAGGUCCCUCACCCGCUGGACGUGGACUAUCAGCUGUUGAAGUGUCACCUCUCCUUACUAGAUCCUAAAUCGGAGGAGUACAAGGUGAUUGAUAAAUAUGUAAAGAAAACGGGACCCACCUAUAGGUCACUGAAAAUCCUGGAUGUCUGGCGUGUGGCCCGAGACUUGGAGGAGGAAAGACUCAAAGAGCACGAGGACAUCGAGAAUCGGCGCUUGCUGUGGCACGGCACCAAUGUAGCAGUGGUGGCGGCCAUCCUGAAAAGCGGCCUGCGCAUAAUGCCCCAUUCAGGAGGGCGUGUGGGCAGAGGGAUUUACUUCGCCUCGGAGAACAGUAAAUCCGCAGGAUACGUUGGCUGCACCUCAAAGUCCCUUGGAAUCAUGUUCCUGAAUGAAGUAGCCCUCGGAGAGGAGUAUCACAUCACCAGAGAUGACCCAUCCUUGAAGAAGGCCCCCGCAGGGUAUGACAGCGUGGUGGCACGUGGACUUACAGAGCCAGACCCCAAGAAGGAUUACGAGCUGAUCCUGGACGGGCGGAAAAUCACUGUCCCUCAAGGACCGCCAAUAAAUGUGUCUAAAUUCAAAGACUCGCACUUCGGUCAGAGCGAAUACCUCGUCUACAAGGAGAGCCAGGCCCGUAUGCGCUACCUGCUGCUCCUGCAGUUCUAG